UGCUUUUCAUUAGUGUGUUCGUUUUGAUGGAGUUAGAAGUCUAAUCAUGUCUUCGAUACUGAUACCUGAAAUUCCUGCGCCUGGAUUUUCUUUCGAUCUUUGUAAACGAAACAAUUUUCUGGUACAAAAAGGAUUUCAAGCACCUAAAGCUGUUAAAACAGGGACAACAAUUGCUGGAAUUGUAUAUAAAGAUGGAAUUGUACUUGGUGGUGAUACAAGAUCGACAGAAAAUACUAUAGUUGCUGACAAAAAUUGCAGUAAGAUUCAUUAUCUUGCUGAAAAUAUAUAUUGUUGUGGAGCUGGAACUGCUGCUGAUACUGAAAUGACAACUCAGAUGAUAUCUAGUCAGCUGGAAUUACAUCGUUUAAAUACUAAUCGCCUGGUACCAGUUUGUACUGCAAAUGCUAUGAUCAAGCAAUUAUUGUUCCGUUAUCAAGGUCAUAUUGGAGCUGCUUUAAUAUUAGGUGGUGUUGAUUUAGAUGGUCCACAUUUAUUCAGUAUCUAUCCUCAUGGAUCUUCAGAUAAUUACAUGUAUACCAGUAUGGGUACAGGAUCAUUAGCUGCAAUGGCUUUAUUUGAAAGUAGAUGGAAAGCUAAUAUGACAGAAGAGGAAGCUAAGUUAUUAGUGGCAGAUGCCAUACGCGCUGGUGUAUUCAAUGAUUUGGCUUCUGGUUCUAAUGUAGAUUUAUGUGUCAUACGUAAGGGUUCUGUUGAUUAUUUGCGUCCUUAUGAUGUUGCUAAUGUUAAAGGGCAGCGUAAUGUAUCGUACCGAUAUAAACGUGGUACUACCGCUGUACUUAAUAAAACGAUUCAUCCUAUAAUCGUUGAAGGGGAAACUGUACGUCAAAUCAGAGCAGAGCCAAUGGAUACUUCAUCUUAAAAUAUAUAUUAAACAGUUCUAAAUUGAUUAACUUGGAUGUAUAUGUGAAUUUUUAAUAAAUAAAGCCUUAAUAAUAAUACUUAAA